UUCACCUCCACACUCUGCCAUCUAAAGGUGCUCUUCUCCGCAUUACAACACCAAACCCCACUUCAUCACCUGCCCAUCUUGUACCGUGUACUGGCUCUUUAUCUAGUAAGCUUUGAGUAUUGUUCAGGCACGCAGCUCCGACAUCACGCAGGCAGAUCCCGCGCCGGCUCUUGACGGCAACCAACCCCUCGAUGGACCACCACGACGACUUCGAUAGCGUCUCGUGGCGCCACGAACCAGACAGCGAUGUCUCGCGCCCCACAACGUCCGGAACCGACGCAGAAGAUGAGCCUCAUGGAUAUGGCCACGAUGUCAAUGGCAAGCGACGGAUGAGCUCCGCCCAAGAGAACCCCCAAGCCGGCCCCAUGGCCGAUGCCGUCGACCUCGCUGGGAUCGGAGACGGCGUGCUCGAAUGCCGGGUCGACUCGCCCUUAAAGGAGAAUGAUGGCACGAAAGAUGCAUAUAUAUCCUACUUGGUCACGACACAGACCGACUUUAAGUCCUUCCAAAAACCAGAAUUUACUGUACGACGACGAUUCACCGACUUCUACUUCCUCUACAAAACGCUCUACCGCGAGUACCCCGCUUGCGCGGUCCCGCCGCUGCCGGAUAAGCAUAAGAUGGAGUACGUCCGCGGUGAUCGCUUUGGGCCGGAAUUCACCACCCGCCGUGCGUGGUCUCUACAUCGAUUCCUGAAGCGUCUGACAUUGCACCCGGUGUUACGGCGGGCGCCAUUGCUGGCGAUUUUCCUGGAGUCGCCCGACUGGAACGCACACAUGCGGCUGCGGUCGUCUCGCAACUCGACCAGUACGUCCGACGGGAGUGGGGUGCCGGGGUUGUUCGAUAACUUCACCGAUACGUUCGUCAAUGCGUUCACCAAAGUGCACAAGCCGGAUCGGCGGUUCAUCGAGGUUCGGGAGAAGGCCGACAAGCUUGACGAGGACUUGAACCACGUGGAGAAGAUUGUGGCCCGGGUAGCGCGCCGGGAGUCGGAUCUCGAAGGGGACUAUAAUGAAUUGGCGAUGCAGUUCCGCAAGCUGACGCCGCUCGAGCCGGAGGUGGAGGUGCCGCUGCAGGUAUUCGCGGCCUCGGUGGAGGAGACGGGCCGUGGGCUGAAGACGCUCAAGGACCACACCGAUCAGAACUACCUGGGUUCCCUACGGGAUAUGGAGGCGUACAUUGUAUCCCUCAAGUCGUUGCUCAAGACGCGCGAGCAGAAGCAACUUGACUUCGAGGCGUUGGUGGAUUACCGCAACAAGGCGGUAGCCGAGCGCGACUCGCUGGCCUCGAACCCCUCGUCGUACUAUGCCUCAAAUCCGCUGACCUCGUCCCCGGCCUCGUUCAUCCGAUCCAAGAUGGAGGACAUGCGCGGGGUCGACCAUGAGCAGUCGCGGCGCGAGCGGGUGCGCAAGUUAGAGCUUCGGAUCGACGAGCUGACCCGGGAGGUGGAGUCGGCCAAGACGACGUCGGAGAUGUUCGACGAGGAGGUGGUGCGCGAGGUGGCCGACUUUGAGCGAAUCAAAGCGGCAGAAUUCAAGGAUACACUGGGAGCGUUGGCGGAGAAGCACAUUGAUUUCUACCAGGGGGUGCUGAACACCUGGGAGCGGUUCGUCGCGGAGAUGGAGGGGGAUCUGGACGAGAAUCCGGGCGACUCAGGGACCGGCGAGGGCCGGUAGUUGUGGGGAUGUGUUUAAAUGAUGAUCCUGUGCUUUUCGAAUCUUUUAGGUAUACUCUCUAUUGUUCAUCGACUAGCCUGUUUGUGGUGCCUGCCUGCCUGCAAGUCUUUCUCGAUAAAUCUCUCAGCUUGCGCCAACCAAGGUACCCUGGGUGAGGUUUUAUGAAAUGAGUGACUUCUCAUUCGAUUUUCUCGCCUCGAGCCUCCUCUAACUGGCUAUCCCCUAUGCAACAUACCUAUGCACCAAUCUCGACAGAUGGAACCAAGUCCACUCAACUCCCCACAACCCUCUCCCUAACCCUCUCCCUCUCCGCCCACUCCAAAUCCACGGGACUCGGAUCCUGAUGCCCCACCGGAUCCAACACCGCUAGAUCUAACGCACGGGUCGUUUGCCUCCGCAC